AUGCACGACGUCGACGCGGAUGCGGCCGUCGUGGACGUCGUUCGCGGUGCGAGCGACGCGGCGAGCGAUCGAACGCCGCGAGGGAGGGUGAAGCGAGGACGAUGGAGCGACGCGGCGGCGGAGACGAGCGACGCGCGGGCGAGCGCGGAAAACGCGCGCACGCAGAGCGGACCGGGAACGAUGGCGUCGAGAGUGAUGUCGGAGGAUGUGGGUGGGGUGAGCGAACGAUCGAUGGAGUGGAUGUCGGACGAGGACGAUCGGGCGAUGGUGCGGUGCGCGAUGGAGGCGAGCGCGGAGCGAGCAAGACGCGCGAGCUCGAGAACGGUCGGCGCGAGGAUUAGUAUCGGGGAGAAAAUGGCGCCGAGAGAGGGAUGGGAUGCGCGGCGGCGCGUAGAUUUAGAAUUUUGGGGUGUGCCGGAGACGGCGCGAGAGGCGCUCGCGCGAAAGGGCGUGCGAGAGUUGUACCCGUGGCAGGCGGAGUGUCUAGCGCUUCCGGGAGUGCUCGACGGUUCUUCAAAUCUGUUGUACAGCGCGCCGACGAGCGGAGGUAAGAGUCUCGUCGCGGACGUGUUGUUGAUACGACGAUUUCGUGAGAAACCUGGGAGCAUCGCUAUGAUGGUCCUACCCUUUGUUGCGCUCUGCGAAGAGCGUGCGGAUAGUUUAGAAAAUUUGUUGGCGGGCUCUGAGGUUCGCGUGCGUCGAAUGUACGGUGGUCGCGGAGGUACAAUUCCGAGUGAUUCGUCGGCGAGCACGCUGUUAGUACUCACACCCGAGAGAGCGAAUCAGGUGACGUCGCGUCUGCUUGAAGACAACCGCUUGCGCGAGCUCAGUGUCGUCAUAGUUGACGAGUUGCAUUUGAUUCAAGACAACGAUCGAGGGGCGACGAUGGAGCUGUUCCUGACCAAGCUCGUGUUCUCCAGCGGACUUUGGCGACGAAAACUCAGUGAGGAGAACGAUGCGCGUGGAAGCGCCGACGGCGAAAGCCAGACAACGUACUCGGUGGGGCGUACACGUGGCGGUGUACGAGAUCAGCGAACGACGCAAAUCUUGGGCAUGAGCGCGUCGAUACCGAAUCUCACAUCGCUCGCUGAAUGGCUUUCGGCUCGGCUGUUCGUUACUGAUUUCCGACCCGUGAGGCUCGAAGUAUGCGUGAAGAGCGGGCACGAGGUUUUUGAUCCGCAGAGCAAGCGAGUGAUUCGCACGAUGACGAAUAAAUCACCGAAUUCGGACGUGGCACACAUUGCUGAACUCGCGCAAGAAACCGUCGACGAGCAAGGCUCGGUUCUUGUGUUUUGUUCCUCGAGGAGGGCCUGCAAAAUUUUAGCAGAUGAUCUUCAAUCCAUGAUGCGGUGCGACCCGUCGUGCAAUGGUGCCAACGUUACUUCGUCGGGUGAACUCCUUACGAGCUUCGUAGCUUUCCUCGGCGAGAAGAGCGAAGUACUUGGAUACAUCAAGUCUGGCAUCGCGUACCAUCAUGCUGGCUUGUCUCGCGAAGAAAAUGAGGCGGUAGCGGGGGCGUACAAGCGGGGUCUUAUUCGAGUUCUGUGCUGCACCAGCACUCUCGCCACGGGUGUCAACUUACCGGCGAGGCGCGUGAUUCUUCGAGAUACAAACAUGGGAUGGAAAAAGCUCACCGCGCGUGACGUGCAGCAGAUGUGCGGUCGCGCAGGAAGAGCGGGACUAGACGCGAGCGGAUCUGCGAUUGUGUUUUGCCAGAAACGUGCCGACCUGGAAAACGUGUUCGAUCUUGUGAGUGGACCGAGCGAGGAGCUCACGAGCGCGGUCGCAGAGAUCGGUAUGCGUCGCAUUAUGUUAGAGGCCGUUGCGUCCGGACUGGUAAAAACUCCCGAGGACGUCCUGGCGUACGUCAAAUGUACAUUACUCUCGGCGUUGAACGAUUUCAACGACGCCGUGAAGCAAAUCGCCAUUGACGCUUUACAGUGGUGCCAGCGGAACGCGCUUUUAGUGUGGAGCACGACGACGUAUUUGUGGAACUCUUCGCCGCUUGGUACCGCUGUUGCUGGCGGUAUGAUGCCUUUGGAUCAGAUUCAGCCAAUCGUCAGAGACAUAAGGAUCGCUCGCGAGGACUUGGUCUUGAGCACACCGCUGCACCUAUUAUUUCUUCUUACUUCACCGCCGGUGCUCGAUUCGGACGGGGCUCCGUUGAACGUGCGCGAGACGUGGCCGCUCGAUCGCUUUGCCGCGGUCUGGUCGAAUUUGAGCUCUGAACAAGAGCGAAUCGCAAGGAAAGUCGAAAUCGACGAGGGGUACAUCCAGAGACUGCGUGUGAAUAAACGAGACAUCACGAAUGCGCACAAGCUUCAACGAAUCACGUGUCAGCGAUUUCACCUCGCCCUUGCUCUGACCGAUUUGAUUCAAGAGGUACCGAUAGACGUCGUCGCUCAAAAGUACGGUCUUCGCACAUUUGACAUUGCGGAAGAGCAAAAGGCGUGCGCUCGUUUUGCCUCGUAUGUGGCAACGAUUUGCGGCACCCUCGGCAUGGGAGACAUGGAGUUUCUCAUCAAUAAAAUCAGCGACAGAAUCACGGCUGGAGCGCAGGAAGAGAUUCUUGAGUUGACGAAGAUUCCGCACAUUGGCAUACAUCGUGCGAGGGCGCUUUACGCGGGUGGCAUUACCAAUCCGAAAUCCAUCGUGACCUUGGGAAGCGUGGACAAAAUUGCGGCAGUUUUGAAGCAAUACAGCAAAAAUGAUGCGUCGACGCCAGCAGCGAUCGUUCGCGCAGCUCGUGAGAUUUUGUUGUACGCCCGAGACAUCGUCGCGGAGCAGGCGCGUGAAGAGCGAGAGCAGGCUGAGGCUAGGCUGGCCGAGAUAGGGGAAAUUGAAGCGGACAUGGCGUUCGACGAGCCGAUCAACGCGACGGAACUGGAUGUUCAUAGAGCGACAGGCGCCGUGUUGCUCGAUACUCCGGAGAACGUAACUAGUUUCUUGCGAGCAUGGGAGAUCUCCGAGGAAUACUCUGUGAUGUUUCAGCCAAGAAGCGACAUCGACGCAUCCGGCCCACGACGUGCUUUCGACGAACCAGUGCGCAUCGCCGUCGCGCUGAAUGCGAAGUCAGUCUUCAUCGCUAAGCUGUUGUACCCGAGACACGAUGAACGCGAUCAACUAGCGAGACGUGAAAUUGCUGGCGUGCGCAUCGACCAAGCGCUGGCGAUAUUGUCCAGAGAGGGUCCGAAAAAGUUUACGAUCAAUUUGCAGGCACAACUGUGCAACAUAGUUGGCGAUCAAGAGGCGACAUAUUCAGCCAGGCUUUUCUCAUUCGCCCCACCCUGCGUUGACGUUCGGAUCGCAGCUUGGUUGCUUCGACCGAGCGCGCCCGAGGUCCAAUCUAGCUCUCGUGACGAUUUGGUUCAUGGUAUGGACCCGACGGAGCCUCUAAUGAGUUUGUUUAGCGCUGAGCUGGACUCUGCGAAGAGCGGCGUCGACACGGCGUGUCUUUUGCUGGAACGCAAGGGUAGAAGUUACGAGCAUCUCAAGCCGCUGUCGCGAGCCGUCGCGUCUUGCUUUCUCAUGGGUCGCUUCCUCUGGGAAGAGUGCGAAGCUAAAGAUUUGAUUCGCGCCCUCAUACGGGUCGAGAUGCCCUUCGUCGCUCCUAUCGUGGCGAUGGAAACUGUGAAAGUUCCAUUCGAUCCGCGAAGGUUGAAAGAGGAAAUUGCCGCCAUGGAUGACCGGCUGAAGAAGCUGGAAGAGUACGCGAAAAAACAGAAAUGGCUUGACCCGCUCCAUCCCGCAAACCUUCGAAGAGCGUUCACGGACAACGCGUAUUUGGUGAAAUGUCUUUACGAACACCUCAAGCUCACACCGCCCGCCGGGAGCGAGUUGGCGUUCACAAAGACUGGUAAGCAACGCAAAGGAGUGUACAGUAUCGACCAAGACAACUUACGAGAAGUCCAUGAACAAAGUGGUCACAUGUUCCCGUUGCUCAUCUUGGAGCAUCGCAGCGUUUUCAAGAGGCUAACCUUCGCGGAUGUGCUCCUUGGCAUGUACGGCGAGUCCAUGGAUUCGCGCAUCCGGUACUCGAUACACCAGACCAAUCAUGACUGCGGAAGGUUAACGCACAUCGAACCGAAUUUCCAUUCAAUGGCUCACGACAUGAAGUGCGUCGACGCGUUCGAUGGUCUAGAUGCGCCUGUCAUAUCGGUACGCUCCGCCUUCACGCCGCCCGCCGACAGAGUAUUUCUUCGCGUCGACUACUCGCAUUUGGAGCUGCGCGUGAUGGCGCACUUCAGCGGCGACCAGACGUUGAUUGCGCUGCUUCAGAAUCCAGAACCAGUCAAUGCGCACGAUGAUCCAUUCACCAUGCUGGCCUGUAAAUGGCGCGGUGUGCCCUUGAACGCCGUGAGUGUAGACGAGCGUCAACGGGUGAAAAACUUGGUGUAUGGCAUCUUAUACGGGAGCGGCGUGAAGAGACUUGCUCGAGAGCUUCGGUUAUCUGAUGAAAAAGCAAAAAUACUGGUGGAUGAACUUAAAUCGAUGCUUCCAACCCUGAUGAAUUGGCGCGACGACGUCGUCGCUCGCGCCAUCGAGGAGAAGCCAAUCCCUCGAGUGACAACCAUCUCCUCUCGUCACAGAUAUUUCCCUGAGCUCUUGUCCAGGAGCGGUGACGAGCGCUCGGCGGCAGAACGCCAAGCCGUGAACACGGUAUGUCAAGGGAGCGCGGCGGACAUCUUUAAGACGGCUGUCGUGCUCGUCAUGGAAACCCUGCGCGCGAAGCACCUGUUGGACAGAUGCCAACUCGUGCUGACUGUACACGACGAAGCCGUGUUCGAGGUGAACGCCAGCGUCGCCAAAGCGGCGGCACGGAUCGUUCGAAAUACCAUGGAAUCCGUCGCCGGAGUCUUCAAUCUGAGCGUUCCGCUUCCCGUGAAGGCCCAGAUUGGCCCUUCGCUCGGCGACGCCGCGUUCGUCUCCGUCCCGCGGGCGUCCCCGUCGAGCCGUCAACCGACUCCGGCUCCGUCGCCAGUCAAGCUCCCCACCCAUUCGCGAUGA